AGGCAGUGAAAUCACCAAUGAAAGCACCAUUGAAACCCAGGAGGCGAGCCACCAAAGUUUUAAAUGGCAGUAUUGGCAGGAAGACAACCAUAAAGGUGGGUGGAAUCAGUCUUAGGAAGAAGACGACCAGAAAGGUGGGUGGAGUCAGUCUUAGUAAGAAGACAACCAUAAAGGUGGGUGGAGUCAGUCUUAGUAAGAAGACGACCAGAAAGGUGGGUGGAGUCAGUCUUAGUAAGAAGACGACCAGAAAGGUGGGUGGAAUCAGUCUUAGGUUAGAAGACGACCAGAAAGGUGGGUGGAGUCAGUCUUAGUAAGAAGACGACCAGAAAGGUGGGUGGAGUCAGUCUUAGUAAGAAGACGACCAGAAAGGUGGGUGGAUUCAGUCUUAGUAAGGUGGGUGGAGUCAGUCUUAGGAAGAAGACGACCAGAAAGGUGGGUGGAGUCAGUCUUAGGAAGAAGACGACCAGAAAGGUGGGUGGAGUCAGUCUUAGGAAGAAGACGACCAGAAAGGUGGGUGAAGUCAUUUUGGAGACUGAUUUUUUUUAUGGUGACAUUUUUUUGUGAUUUUUGCAGGUUACGCCCACGGCUGCCAGAGGCAAGCUUAGAAAUGGUGGAGUGGCCCGUAAGUUUGAGGUUCAACCAAGUCCUGGCUUCCCGUGGAGGACUGCAGCCAGAGCCAACAGGUUUAGGUCAGUUGGACCAUGGGGGAUAGAUGUUUGUCACAUGGGGGGAGGGGACGGGGACGGGGGCUAGAUGUGUGGACCCAUGGCGGGAUAGUUGUGUGUCACAUGUGGGGAUAGUUGUGUGUCACAUGUGGGGAUAGUUGUGUGAGAUAUGGGGGAUAGUUAUGUGUUAUGGGUUGAUAGUUGUGUGUCACAUGUGGGGAUAGUUGUGUGUGAUAUGGGGGAUAGUUUUUGUGUCACAUGGGGAUAGUUGUAUUGACCAUGGGGGAUAGUUGUAUUGACCAUGGGGGAUAGUUGUAUUGACCAUGGGGGAUAGUUGUAUGUCACAUUGUGAUAUUUACGUGUCACAUGUGGGGAUAGUUGUGUCACAUGUGGGGGGGUUUUAAUUAAACUUCUCAAAGGAAUUCCAUUUGGUGCUAUCUUUCAUUGGACUUACAAAUUGUAUGUGUGUAGGCCUAAUUUUGUAAAAAAAAAAAAAAGAAAAAAAGAAAUGGAAUGUGACCAACAUCACUUGCAUAAACGAGAUAUAAUAUAAUUACAAGAUUGUACUCUUUAUGUAUGUGUGUAAAUUAUUAUUUUGUCCACGAUUGUACCUUCUAACUUGCUGUGCUGUAAGUUCAUAUAGUUUUCUCUUUAUGUAUAUUUUAAAUUGUAUUUUUAAUAGUAGAAUAAUAGAAAUUUAAUAGUUCAAUUAUAUUAAAUAUUGUUAGUAUCACUGACUUUUUGAUCAUUUGUCUCUUUGCGUACUAUUUGUCUCAGUCCUUUGUUACAUACUGUUCAUUCUACCAGACAAAUCUCAAAACAGAUUAAAUUUUCAAAACCAUCUAACGGGCAGUAACAGCAAGCAUCCAGACUACAUUAUCAAGUUUAUAAUUAUACAAACUUGAUGUCAUAUUUUGCCCUGCAUCAUAUCAAUAUUAUUCCAACUUUCUCCCACAGGGGUCACCCGCCAGACAAGUCGAGGUUCCUUUCAUCCCCAGAUGUGUCGACCUCCCUGCUCUUCACCAACACCAACAAGAACAAUGAUGGCGGAAGUGGGUCGGACAGGGAAGCCGUGGUUGUUAAGUCAGGCCCCAGUCCCAUGAAACACACGGAGCCAGACUCCGGUGUGGCUCUCAAAAAACUGGAGGAGAGUCACAUGUCACUGGACCUGACCAAUCAGAAGGAAGUGCUGGUAGGUUUGAGUGAUGCACAUCUUAUUGCAGUUGUUGCAGUGAUUGCAGGUUGUGUCAGGCUUGUCAAGAGAUCAUACAUGAAUCACCCAGUUGGUCAUGAAUCACACAGUUGGUAGUGAAUCACCCAGUUGGUCGUGCUUUUGAGUUGUAUGUUUAGAAAUAAAUAGUCUGAUUAGGAAAGGAAAUGUAUUUGAUUGUAACUGGUUUACAUAUAAUAAGUUGAACACCCUCAGUAAGUUGAGCACCCUCAGUAAGUUGAACACCCUCAGUAAGUUGAACACCCUCAGUUAGUUGAACAUCCUGAACCAUUGCUGCCUUUUUUUUUUCUUUUUUUUUCUUUUUUUUUUAAACUUCACCCAUAACUCAGUAUGUUUCUUUCUGUCUGGCCCCGUGCCCUAGUUUGAACUGGAACAGAUGCGGCGUCGGAUACGUGAGGGGCGACUGUCCAGGGCUCAGUAAGUUGAGCACCCUCAGUAAGUUGAACACCCUCAGUAAGUUGAACACCCUCAGUUAGUUGAACAUCCUGAACCAUUGCUGCCUUUUUUUUUUUCUUUUUUUUUCUUUUUUUUUUUAAACUUCACCCAUAACUCAGUAUGUUUCUUUCUGUCUGGCCCCGUGCCCUAGAUUGAACUGGAACAGAUGAGGCGUCGGCUACGUGAGGAGAGACUGUCCAGGGCUAAAGCUGACCAACAGAUUGUGCAGGUCUGUUGCUGGGAAUGUUGGACAUUUGGAAGUGUGAAAUCAAUUGUGAUGUGCGGGUUUUUUACAUACUGGUCGUUAGUGUGACUAGAUUCAAAAAGUUAUCAUUGUCAUUAGGGGUUAUUAUAAGCAAGUCAUAGUUUACAAAGGUUAUUCUGCUCAGGCUUGUGAGAUCCCUUGGAAAGGAAAAGAUCACUCACUGGUGAGCAUGGUGUGACCCUGUUAUUCUCAUUUUUUGUGCAACUGAUGCUUUCUUCAUAAAUAUAAUCCCUUCUUUCAAUACUGAUUCUCUAGUGCAAACAUAGGAUUCUUUAAAUACUUAUUAUUUUCUAGUGCUAUAAUUGUGAUACAUUCUCUUUUGUAAACAUCUGCUUCAGAUUCUAGUUCUAGCUUUACACACAAAAAUUCUUAAAUAAAUGUGUCUAAUUCUCACCACGGCUGUCUCCUGGUCACCAGCUUAUGCUAGAAAACCACAGGCUUGAAGGAAUGCUGGAGAAACUUGAGAAAGGCCGGUCACCCAGCAGGAGAAUCUUGGAGGACGAGAAGUUCUUGGAGAGUAUAGAAACCUCAUUCAAGCAGUUCCACGCCUUCAUCGACAUGUUGAAAGAAGCCGGGUGAGAAAUGGCUUGUCCUUGAAAACUUCUGUUUUAUAAUUUUUGCUUACUUUAAGGCCAUGCGCUGCAUCGUGUUUCUUAUUAUAGAAUUGUACAUGUUAACAAAUGAUUUUUUUAUUUCCAAUUAAGUUGUUGUUUUUUAAUACAUCAUCUUUUAUUAAAUGAGUUGCUAUAUAAAAAAAAAAAUUUAAAUAGGGUUGAGAUUUGAAAUUAAAUUAUCUAUCUGCAAGAAUAUCCAAGAGUAGGAAAUAUUUUAUUUUAAAUGUUUGAGUUUAUAAUUUUUAGUGGAAUCAAUUUAAUAAUCUGAGAUAUGUUUAUCAUUUGAUCAGGCUGGGUCAGCUGGUGUCCAUGGCAGGAUUGGACCAGUCCCAGAUGCCGUUUGGCAACUCUUCGUCUGUCAAAAACCAUUAUGAGAAUUUACCAGAGCCCGGUAUGGUACACAUCAGCAGACUGACAUACGAUGGCAAAGCACAGACAAACGGACAGAGGACAGGGAUUGUGACAUCUGUGCCAACCCACCAAGGCUCAAAUGUGUACAGUGAUGAGGGCGGUAAGUCCUGCUAGGCUAAGUACUGCUAGACUAAGUACUGCUAGGCUAUAGCUUAUAACAAGAUAUGAUUCUUGUUACAGCUGAGAUGUCUUGAGAGCAGGUCAGUCAUGCCAUGAACAUUUCUUGUCAAGUCAAAUUUAGUUCAGCAUUGCAAAAAAUCAUCAGUUCAUUGUUGCAAAAAUAACAUCAAUUCAGUGUUUCAACAAAUCCAUUCAGUGUUUCAACAAAAUCAUUAAUUCAUUUUUGCAAAAAAAAAAUCAUCAAUUCAGUGUUUCAAAAAAUCAUCAAUUCAGUGUUUCAAAAAAUCAUCAAUUCAGUGUUUCAAAAAAUCAUCAAUUCAGUGUUUCAAACAAUCAUCAAUUCAGUGUUUCAAAAAAUCAUCAAUUCAGUGUUUCAAAAAAUCAUCAAUUCAGUGUUUCAAAAAAAAUCAUCAAUUCAAAGUUGCAGAAAAUUAUUUCCUGUAAUCUUAGAUCAAUUUUUUGUUCCAAUCUGAACACCACAUAUAACAUAGGAUAUAUCUUUAUGUUGUAUGUCUGCAGAACUAGCCAGACAAGAGGCUGAUGAGCUGUACACAAAACUUGUGAGAGAAACACAGAGUGCUAUAAAAGAUACCGCACCAAGGGACACAACCUGGAUGAGAUCAAGUGUUGUGGCCAAGGUAAAGUCUAAAAGUUGGAAAAUACCAAUAACAGAAACCAUACAAAAGUAUCAAGUAUCAAAUACCCACAUCAGAAGCCAUACAAAAGUACCAAAUACCCGCAUCAGAAGCCAUACAAAAGUACCAAAUGGCUGGCCUCAGGAGCCAUACAAAAGUAUCAAAUACCCGCAUCAGGAGCCAUACAAAAGUAACAAAUGCCCGCAUCAGGAGCCAUACAAAAAUACCAAAUGGCUGGCAUCAGGAGCCAUACAAAAGUACCAAAUGCCUGGCAUCAGGAGUCAUACAAAAGUACCAAAUGCCUGGCAUCAGAAGUCAUACAAAAGUACCAAAUGCCUGGCAUCAGGAGCCAUACAAAAGUAUCAAAUACCCGCAUCAGGAGCCAUACAAAAGUAACAAAUGCCUGGCAUCAGGAGUCAUACAAAAGUACCAAAUGCCUGGCAUCAGGAGUCAUACAAAAGUACCAAAUGGCUGGCCUCAGGAGCCAUACAAAAGUAUCAAAUACCCGCAUCAGGAGCCAUACAAAAGUACCAAAUGCCUGGCAUCAGGAGUCAUACAAAAGUACCAAAUGCCUGGCAUCAGGAGUCAUACAAAAGUACCAAAUGCCUGGCAUCAGGAGUCAUACAAAAGUACCAAAUGCCUGGCAUCAGGAGCCAUACAAAAGUAUCAAAUACCCGCAUCAGGAGCCAUACAAAAGUAACAAAUGCCUGGCAUCAGGAGUCAUACAAAAGUACCAAAUGCCUGGCAUCAGGAGCCAUACAAAAGUAUCAAAUACCCACAUCAGGAGCCAUACAAAAGUAACAAAUGCCUGGCAUCAGGAGUCAUACAAAAGUACCAAAUGCCUGGCAUCAGGAGCCAUACAAAAGUACCAAAUGCCUGGCAUCAGGAGUCAUACAAAAGUAACAAAUGCCUGGCAUGAGGAGCCAUACAAAAGGCAUCUAAUGCUUGAGCCAUGGUUGCUCUCAGGUCUUUCCCGGUGUAAGGUUUCAGAAACUGCAAUUUUCCCAGGGGUGGAGCAAAGUCAUUUUGUCUUCAAAAGCAUGCAGAGCACUGGUCUAGUGGUGGGAAGUACAGUGGAACCCCGCUAUAAUACGAUGAUCGGGGUCCAUAAAAUCGGAUUGCUUUAAAAGCGGGGUUGCAUUAAUGCGCGGUUUUACAAUAUUUAACUUUUUUCUGAGAACAUAUACGUGUAUACAUGUACAAUGAUCAAAAGUCGACUUAUCAUCAGAUGAAUUUUAACUGGAAUGCAUUAAUUAAGAUAUAUUCAAAAUAAUCGAUGGCUAAUAUAAUUAUAGGUUAUUACUGUGCAUUAAAAAAAUUUACCAAUUUUUAUUUGUUUGAACGAUAAUACAGAUUGACCGAUAAUACCAGGCUAUCACUAUAUCAUGAAAAGUGUAUCAACACCGUAUGCUACCGUGCCAUCGUGGCAUGCAGUUCAUCCAUAAUGGAUGUAAUUUCAUUGAAAUCGUAGAGAUUUAAAAUAUUCAGGGGCUUAUUUUCUACGAUAUUUUUAAAAGUUGUUAUUUUUUUCGCUUUAAAAAAUGGCUUUCCAAGCAAUGGAUAAAAUUUUCAAAUAACUUAGGCCUGAUGGAGUAAAUGAAUUUCAAAUUUUGGGAGCCAUGCUACGACCGCGUUAUAUCUAAAUUCACGUUAUGGCAGGGUGCGUUAUUGCGGGGUUCCACUGUCGUACAUUAGCUAACACUGGAGUUCCUUUCUUGCAAGGCAACUUUUAAUGAGUUGGAGAUUAACUGAAGGAUGGAGUCUUGCAUUCUCAGUGUCUCCGUGGUUAAUGAUAUGUUAUUGAGGAUAUCUACAAAAAUUAUUUACAACCACCAAGAAUUGUUUUUUUCUGCCUUUCGACUCUUUGGAGAGGUGUUUUAUUUUGGUUUCUUAGGAAAGGUGAAAUGAGUUUAGGAAUUUGAUAAUCUCAUUUCAUUUAUUUUUUUAUAUUUAAGGAAUUUUUUUUUUCUAACAAAGCCAAACUAAAUCAUUUCUGCAUGUGCAGGAGCAUGAGAUUAAUGAAGGAAAAUUUGAUUAAAACACAUUUGUUUCAAUUGUAGCUCUUUGCUUGUUUACAGAGCGGAGUGGGCAGAUCAGAGCCGGGCGACGCCCAUUUUCAAAACCAUGGGGACCAGGGUGUUGACAGCAGGCAGGAACACCGGGGGCAGUCACGCAUCGAUGAGUCCAUCAACUUCAGCGUCGGAGAGUCCCGCGACAAUGAAUCGGCCAACCUCAGCGUGGAGCAGUCGUCAUACGGCGGUGAGGAGAGGCACUCGGUAGUGGACAAGGACGACAGCGCCGACGACGAGGAUUUUUAAAUUAUUGCCACUGGUUUGAUUUCAUUCCGAUGUAACUUGCUGUUGUUUUACCAUGUAUUAUAAAAGUUAGCAAAAGGCUGGACAUAUUCUCAUCAUUUCGUCACAGAGUUUUGUUAAUUGUAAAUAAAACUCCUUAUUUCUUCAUCGACUAUUUUUUUUUUAGGUUAACCUGACGAAACAAAACUUUUUCCAUUGGUUUACUGUAUAAAAACAACCUUAUUCCAUUAGUUUAAAUGUAAAUAUUCACGUGAGGACAAACGGCUGGACUCUUGCAGAGAGCAAAAAUGGGAGAUGACCAACUUUGUUUUAUUGUAAGAAAGAAGGAGUGGGCUUUUUAAAUCAUUAAAUAUUAUAGGUACACUUUGUACACAUGUCUACAUUUGUUUUUAUUUUAUCAUUAAUUUUGUGAGCGGGUCUAUUUUUAUAUUAUUGUAAAAAGGUCGUUGGCAUGACGCCACAUUGCAUAAGAAGGUACGUAAGAAGGUUUUUUUUUAUGUUUAGAAGGUCAUGUCACGUCCCUGAAAAGCCAUGAUUUUCCAACCCAUGUUGAUUAAUUUUAUUUCUUCAUGUACCUGUCACACAUUCAGGGUCAAGGUGACAGCUUAAAAUGUCAGUAGAGCCAAUAACAUGGCUUUGGAUAAGGUCAGGGGGGG